AAUUCAAGUCUUAUUAAACACCAGAUGAUUCACAUUAGAGAGAAGCCAUAUCAGUGUUCUGAAUAUGAUACAGCUUUUACACAGAAUGGAGAGAUUCCAUAUCCAUGUUCUGAAUGUGACAAAGCUUUUACAAAGAAGUCACAUCUUAUCACACACCAGAGGGUUCACACUGGAGGGAAGCCAUAUAUCAAUGUUUUGAAUGUCACAAAGCUUUUACAAAGAAGUCACAUCUUAUCGCACACCAGAGGAUUCACACUGGAGAGAAGCCAUAUCACUGUUCAGAAUGUGACAAAGCUUUUACACAGAAGUCAGAUCUUAUCAAACACCAGAGGGUUCACUUUGGAGGGAAACCAUAUCAGUGUUCUGAAUGUGACA